AUGGCGACUUCACCUGUCCUCCUAGGUCAUGCCAGGGACUGGCAAUUACCACUAUGCUCGGACCUCCCAUACAGCCACGGAGGUAACCCAGGAUCCCCGGUAUUCAGCGAUCAUGAUCUUUUCCUGCAACCAGCGGGAACCACUCUGCCCAGCCUGGUCCCACAGCGACCACCUCCUGAAUUUGUCCAGCCUCAAGACCUUCACCCGCGAGCUCUCCAGGGGUCAACGUCGCCAGCGAGCCAAACCUCGUAUCUGGGACGAGCGGCUUCCCUUGACCCGAGCACCGCCACCAGCAGUCCGAUGUCACUCAGUCACCAGCAGCUCCUGCGGCGGAUGUCGCUGGCGUCCGUCGAGCUGAACGACGACUCGUACCGACCGCGCAACACGCCAGCGCGCCGGAAGAAGAGCACGACCGGCCGCAUCGCGCCGCGAUCAGAAAAGCACGCGCGCGAGCUCGAGCUGAACCGUCGGGCCGCGACGAAGUGCCGCAACCGCCAAAAGGCCUUCAUCGACCAGCUCCAGCAGCGUUGUCGCAGGGAGGAAGAGCGAAUGCAGACACAGACCUCGCUCGUCUCGGCCCUGCACGACGAGGUUGUGGCCUUGAGGAACGAGGUCCUGCGCCAGAGCCUCUGCGACUGCCGCUUCUUGUCGGGCGCCCCAACGUCCUUGUUCUCGUGA